CCUUCCACGCUGCUGCCGCCGCCGCCUCUCCGCGCCCCGGCCCCUGCGGGAGAUGGAACAGCGGAACCCGCUCUGCACCCUCGGAUACCUGCCGCCGCUGCUGCUGCUGCACGCCCUGCUACUCUUCCUGGCCGACGCUACAUUUACCGAAGUCCCCAAAGAUGUGACAGUACGAGAGGGAGACGAUAUCGAAAUGCCCUGCGCGUUCCGAGCUAGCGGAGCCACCUCUUAUUCCUUGGAGAUACAGUGGUGGUACCUCAAGGAGCCGCCCCGGGAGCUGCUGCACGAGCUGGCGCUCAGCGUGCCAGGCGCCCGGAGCAAGGUAACAAAUAAGGAUGCAACUAAAAUCAGCACCGUGCGCGUCCAGGGCAAUGACAUUUCGCACCGGCUGCGGCUCUCCGCGGUGCGGCGACAGGACGAGGGCGUGUAUGAGUGCAGAGUGUCGGACUACAGCGACGACGAUACGCAGGAGCAUAAGGCCCAGGCGCUGCUGCGCGUGCUCUCGCGCUUUGCGCCUCCGCACUUGCAGGCAGCCGAGGCCGUGUCCCACAUCCAGAGCAGCGGUCCGCGCCGCCACGGCCCCGCCAGCGCCGCCAAUGUUAACCACGUGGCUGCCGCCGACCCCGCGGGCCGCAGCACGUCGGAGCCCAGCCGGGGCGACAAGAACCUGCCUCCCCGGAGCCUGCCCUCUGCCCGCGGUCCCAGCGUCCUGGAUGCCGCCGCCGCCGCCGCUGCCUCUGCCGACCAGGCAGCUACCACCGCCGUCACGGCCGUGGCCGCUGCUUCCUCGGCCUCGCCCCCAUCAGGCCAGGCUGUUCUCCUGCGCCAAAGGCACGGCUCAGGCACUGACCCUAGCUAUACCACAGACCCCCUCCUGUCCCUGUUCCUGCUAGCUCUGCAUAAGUUCCUUCGCCUGCUUCUGGGGCACUGAUGCCACAGCUGAUCGCACACCCCUGUGGGCAUUCCAGGCCUGCUAGAUCCUGGAGGAGGACCACGGCGCCAGAAGGACACACACAGACUGAGAGAAGCAUGAAGAGUCCACAUGGAAAAUAAAUCAAUCAUAUUUUUUGGAAGAUAAAAAUGUAGAACACCUAAAAAAAAUGCAUCUAGUUUCCAAGUAAGAUGGAGUUUGGCCCAUGCAUUCUGCACGGGAUCAAUGAUUUCUCUACUUCUAGGUAUUUUUUUUUCUAAACCUUUCCUCUAAAUCUUCAUUUUGCACGAACUGUUGAGCAGUUAUCUUUAGGAUACCAUGUAAAAAUGUUGGAUCAAUGCCUUUCUGACAAAGCAAAAUAUUUUUAGCAAAUUAUGUGUUUUGGGAUUUUUUAAUUUACCUUUUUUCUUUGGGGGAUUUUCUUUUUUAUUGAAGUAAAUUAUUUCGUUUGAGACAUUUUGAUUAAAAAAGACACAUCAUAAUUAAAAAUCCACUGUCAAUAAUAUUUAUUUUUAAAUAAAGAUUGGAAACAAGGUCAGA